AUGUUUUCGGUUCUUCACCGACGGCAAUUCGCAAUAAUUGCUGGAAUAAUGCAAACACUUUUCAUUGUUCUAUUUGCCAAAUAUGUCAAAUACAUUGACCCACUCGAUGAUUCUCGGAGGGUUUAUUCAGGAACUGAUUAUCCGUUGUUCCAGGAUGUACAUCUUAUGAUUUUUGUUGGAUUCGGCUUCCUUAUGGCAUUUUUGAAAAGAUACGGUUUCUCUGCUGUCUCUGUUAACCUCCUACUCUCUGCAUUUGUUAUUCAAUUCGCAAUGCUUCUACGUGGAUUUCUGACAGUUGCAUUCAGUGAAACUGGACUGUUUAGUAUUGGAAUUCCAGAAAUGAUAUCAGCAGAGUCUUCUUGUGCAGCAGUUCUCAUCACAAUGGGUGUCCUUUUGGGAAGAUUGACUCCUGUUCAGUUUCUUCUUCUUGCCUUUUUUGAGACUCUUCUCAAUGUUGUUGUGGAACAUUUUGUGUUCAAUUAUCUUCAUGUGAAUGAUAGUGGACGAUCCCUUUCAGUUCACACCUUCGGAGCAUAUUUUGGUCUAGCUGCUGCAAUGGUUGGGCAUAAAAAGAAUGUGAUGGAAAUGGAUGAACACGGUGGAAUUCAUCACUCUGAUUUGUUCUCAAUGAUCGGAACUCUUCUUCUCUGGGUCUUCUUCCCAUCAUUCAAUGCAGCUAUUCAAGAACCGGAAGACGCUCGUCAUCGUGCAAUAAUGAACACAUAUUUAGCCAUGGCAUCAAGUACAGUCACUACAUUUAUGGUUUCUUCUUGUGUUGAUACACUUGGAAGAUUUAAUAUGAUUCAUAUUCAAAGUUCAACUUUGGCUGGAGGAGUUGCUAUUGGAUCCGCUGCGAACGCUGUUCUCUAUCCAUAUCACGCUGUUAUCGUUGGUGUUGUCGCUGCAAUUCUAUCAGUUAUUGGACACGCUUGGAUCAGUCCAAGACUUGAGAAAAGUUUGCACCUUUUUGACACAUGCGGUGUUCACAAUUUGCAUGGGAUGCCUGGUAUUCUAGCUGGUAUGCUGAGCAUUGGAUUCGCGUAUUUUUAUGAGCCAGAGAGUUAUGGAAAGACACUCUACCAUAUCUAUCCAUACUGGAUAGGCGGAGAGUUGAAUGGAGAUCGAGAAAAUGUAUCCCAAGCUCAAUACCAAGCAAUUGGAUUACUUGUUAUUUUAAUAACUGCAAUAAUCGGUGGACUAUUAACAGGUUGCAUCUUAAAAAUCAAAAUAUGGAAUCAAGUGGAUGACCCUGAUUUCCCUCACGGAGAGAUGAAUUAUUAUGCUCAAUCUGAUGUGAAUUUCUUGAGUAAAUAUAAACAUGCUCAAGAGCAACAACGUCUUCGAGAUCGAGAGCAAAUGCACGAGAUUUAUUGA